GAUUGCAGGCUCCCGCAUGCAGUACUUUGCGAGCAGUUGGAGUUCCCGGCACUCGAAGUGUGAACAAAAGUUUCUCUUACCAGUCAAGCUGAGAUGCAAAAAUUCAAAAACUCAUGCUUCUUGGUCGGUUUGGGUCUGUGUCCGGACCACUUCUGCCAUGUUGUUCCCCAAAUAUAUAUUGAUCAAUCUGUCCCCCUGACAAUCUUCUUCUCAUAGGAACGGAUGAAGAAGAGUCUUGUUGUAUUCCAUUAGAUCCAUUGCUGGCCCCAGAAAGGGUGCCCAUCGCAGUCAGAACCGAUGGUUUGAUCGACCGGGGUGCGAAGUAAUUAUUGGGUCUCGAUUUCUUCGGUGUGGAGGACACCGGAACUAAUGAUGAUACGGAUGAUGGCGAUGGUGAUGAUCGUGCGAUAGGAUCUGUAACUAUGUUGCCACAGUUAGUAGAAGAACACGCCGCCGAUGAUUCUUCGCUACAGGAUCGACUACGUUUCGUGGAAGAUGGCGCACCUGAUACAGUAGUCGUGCAGAUGUGAGCGGGAAACUGUUGUUGGAACGUAACUCCACCUGGUGAAGACAUUGGCCAUUGCCGUUGGUAGUCUGUCUGUUGCUGGUCCAUUACUGUCGCAAACAUCGGAGGCGAGGUUUACACGUGCAGAUGACCGGAUAAUUCGAAGAAUCAACGAUCAAACGAGAUUACUCUAGUCUUGAGAUGAAAUAAGAACUGUAAAGAUUGUUUCUCGCAGUGCGAACUCGUACUCUUCUGUGGGUCUCGGAUGACAAACAAAUUUAAUUUUGAGAAGAAGCACGUUACUGUGUGCAGAAGUACUGUGCUGCCGGUACCGUCCCGUAUCAUACGUUCCUACCGUACCCCUGUUGUGCGUUAACAUCAUUCUUCGACCAUGAAGUACAGUAGCAAUUGUGUGUAUGUUCCGUCUCCUGUUGUUUUUACUACCGAUAUGGAGAGAGACUACCAAGAUGUUAUGUAAGAGCGACGUACGUGCGGUACGGUACCGUCCGGUAUGUAAGAUUAAUAAGAUUAACGUGAUUCAAAAUGUCGGCGUUAGGAGGAACUCAUUGUACUUUAAGUACUUUUCCGUCCAAUAAAAAUUCUGCACAUUGCAUCAGCCCCUUCCCGACAAGCCGACAUAAAAUCAUCGUACACGUAGGAUUUUUUACGGAAGGUCAACGUUACAGUAAGUUGGAGUUCAUCGUAGUUUGUAUCAGUAAGGUACUAUGUAUGAAGUAGUACUUUACGUAUCCAUACGAUGGAAGGAUUAUGUUUUUGUAUGGAAGAAGAUACUUUUUGUAACGCUAUUUUUAACUGUAUUUUGUUUUGUCUAGGGAAUAGAAAACAAACAUGUUCUUCACGAUAUUUAAGAACAUAAAAAGUCAAGUAAACCAGGUCAAUCAGAUGGGAUAAAACGGUGCGAGUAUAAAUUGUACGACAACACCACGUACGGGAUACUGUAUCCGCAGUUUUAGAUGAAUUUGUUGUAUUCAUCGAAAAAUCGUCAUCAUUCCUACCGUACGAAGACAGUAAGAAAUAUGUGACGCAAGGACAACAAGUCCCAUGCUGGCAAAAUUGGCAAUAACGGCUGUCAAUUUUUAUUUUCCCGUCUCCAUUUCUCCUCUCCUCUCCCCCUCUCCAAACAAGAAAAUUCAUCAACAGCUCUAGUAGUAGUAUUAGUAGUAGAGGUCCUUGCUACUGAGGAUCUAAUAUCAGUGGUUUCUACUACUACUUGUUAUCAAUUUGCAUUAGUGCCCACUACUGGAUGAUAACAUCCAUAAGUAGUACUAGUACUAGUACUACUAGUAGUACUAGAACAACAAGAACCAGCCACAACCAGCAGCAGCUAGAAAUUAGUAGUACUAGUACUACUACUAGUACUACUACUAGUACUACUAGUACUACUACUAGUAGUAAAAAAUGUUAAUUUAUAUUCUUUUUGUCCCUUUGACAGUUUUUGAUAGUUUUUACUAGCAGACUGCAAAAAUGAGCAAAAGAAGUUCCUAUAAGUAGUAGUACUGCUAGUAGUAUUUGUGAGGAGGAAUUCCCUUCAGCUUCUUGUUGUUGUUCUUGUUGUUGUUGACAGGAUGAUGAGGAGACUUGAACUUCAUAGUACUACAAGUACUAGUAGUAGUACUCCUACUAGAGCGAGGACUAGAGGACAGCCCCAGUGGACACAUUCAAUGGAGGAGCACAUCCUCUGAUACUAGUAGUACCUGCUGCCUAGUAGUGGUGUGCUGGCAUUCCAUCAUUUCUUCUUGUUCUUCCUCUUGUUGUUGUUCUUGUUGUUUUAGUAAUAGCACUACUAGUAGUACUAGUAGUACUAUUAGAUUCCAUUCAUCUUCUUGUUGUUUCUUGUUGUUGUUGGCUACGGUGCACUGGACUUCACUACUAUCUUUAGCUAGUGUAUGGUGGUGGUAGCCAGUAACCUUGAAGAAUUCUUACAGCCCUGGACUUACUGAGGAAACAAAAAGAAACUUUUUUAGUGUGGAUUUGUAUAAACCCUCCUGGUAUCAUUUUUUGCAAAUAAAUUAGGACCUUGACCAAAAAUAGAUUAUUCAUUUUUAACCUAAACUUUCACCACCAGUCAUUACUAUUGUGACAAGUCCUCAGCAUUCUAGCAAUAACUUAGUAGUACUAGUUUUUGCACCGUAGUAAGUGUUUUGCUUUAUCAAGCCAAUUGUUGUUCUUGUCUUGAUGUUGGUGAUGCUACUUCCUGCUGUUGCAGCAGCCAGCAACGAAGCCAGCAAGAAGAAGAACAAUUGGGUUGAGGAGGAUGAGAGAGUGGAUUUUUUCAAUUUUUUCAAUGUUGAUCCCUAAGGUAUUUUACCUACCGUACGGCAUGUACGUACUGUGACAUCUUGGUAUCGACGACUGAUUUUAGGGUGACUUCUUUGUUCUUUCCAUGAUCUUGGAUUUUGAUGUUCUUCGCGAUCUUUUGACUUUCUGUGUUCAGGAAGGAUUUAGUAAGGUUCGAGGUGCGAUACUCGUGGUCAAUUUGCCACGGACAUCAAAAAGGAGUAGAUCAAGUGUUUCCAAAGGAAUCGUCAAUAGUUGAGAAAAACGGUUUUUCGAAAUGCACAAAUAAUUAUUUUUCUAUACCGAACAAUGAAUUCACUACUUCCUUCAGGAUUGGUGGUUGCGCAUCCGGUCCGGCUCAAGCCUGGGGAAGAUCUUGUUUCGUCGAUGGAGAAAACCGCUCUCUCUGCAAUGCAAAAAUCUGGAACGGCAUCUGCAUUCAUUCUUUCAGCGGUCGGUAGUCUCGAGAGUUUGACGCUGAGAAUGGCAAAUGCAAUCAAUAGCAAUGGUAAUUUUGUCAACGAGAUAAGAGAAUGGAACGAGCGACUCGAGGUAGUGAGCUUAGUUGGCACCUUUUCUAGUGAAGGAAAGCAUUUACAUAUGUCAGUAUCCGAUGGGCAAGGAAAUGUCUACGGUGGACAUGUUAUGUCUGGCAAGAUUUUCACAACUCUAGAGCUUGUUAUCGGAGUCAUUCUCGAUGUCGAUUUUUCUCGAGCCCAAGAUCCUACUACUGGAUAUAAGGAACUUGUUGUGAAUACACUUCAAAAAUAGUUUCAACAAUUCAUAUAGGUAAACCUUUCCUACUUUCUUAUUUGUUGAUUUAAACUGAUAACGAAGUGUAUAGUGAGGAUUGUAAAGAUCAAGGAGCCAAUUCUUGUGUCCCUUCAGCGUAUUGCGACAAUAAAGUUUAUUGUCUGUAGAAGGUGACAGUGAAAUGGCAUAACCAAUGAAUUGCAGCUCUGAAUUGCUCGUGCGCUCUCUUAAGAGCUUUCGCGCGAGUCUCAUGUAAGCUCUUUCGUGAAAUUUCAGUAUCACUGAUUGCAGGACAUCAUGAAAAAGUUCAUACUGAAUCUUUGCAUGCCGACAUGAUGCGAAAAGAGUGGCAUUGUGGCAGAAGACCAUGAUUUGGUUUGAUUUUAGAUUUAGAUCCAUGCAUGAAAUGAAGCCGCUUCGAAUUCAAAGCUGAUUUUUCGUCAAAUAAUUAAACUUUCUGUCUACUCCCCAGAUUGCUUAGAGUUAUCUCCAUUGAGAGGAGAUCCGAAACCACCCCAGGUAUUUGCAGUUGAAAGAGAAAGAAAUGAUGUCGAAACUCCUCCAUUGUUAUUCGCUUGUCCAUUUCCAUAAGCGCUUCCAGAAUGCAUACCCCAGUCGUUGUUCCCUUCCGAAUUGCUUGCCCCCCAUGUUGCUCCCGACUCAAACGCAAAAAUAUGAGAAUUCUUUGCCACUCCUUGUAGAGCUGGCUCUAGCGAAAGGGUUGUCAAGUCGACAGCACCGAGACCGUCCGAAGGAUCGAUGGAUGGCGAUUGCAUCACAGAGUCCAUAUUUAAUGCUGGAUCAAAGCCGAGGCCAAGCUAGAGAGAGAGGAGAAAAAAUCAUAACAAGUUAGUUGACAAUCAGAGAAAGCAAAUGGUAGGCGUAUCAUUCAAACAGCAGACUUACAGGUGCAACUUCGUCAUCAUCAACGUCUUCCUCCUCAUCAUCUUCGUCUUCGAAGCUUCCCGUAGAAGACCUCGCCAUUUUUCCAUGCUCUGAUAAUGUAAAGGUCGUGUGUGUAGGGGCCCAUUCCCUCGCAGUGGCCUGAAGGGUUGGUGAAUCUUCGUCGCCCGUGAUUAGUUCGAUCUUUUCGUUUGGUUUAAUCCAUUCGUGCUUUGGUUCUUUCGCCUCUGAAAUACGGAAGCCAGUUUCAAGUACCAGUUCAUCAUGAUUGAUUCCGUCGUAGUUGAGCAUGGUGCCCUGCUUCAUUUGUUUCUGAGUGUUCACAUAAUUCGAAUAUGCUUCUGCGUUCUUUACCCUACCACCAGGAACCGAGUGCACACCAUAACCAAGGUCUCCUUCGCAUCCAUCUGAGCAUACGAAACCUCCCUUUUUAUCUCGAGCGUAGAGUACGCCACAAGUCCGAGGCAACUUCCUUGGGUCACUUAUAUUCAAUUUUUUUGGUUUGGAUAUGAUGUCCUUCUUUGAGUUCGAUGAUUCCCCGGCCAUUCCUUUCCCACGUUGAUUGAUAGAACUGCUUUCUUUGUUACCUUUCACCUUUCUUCUACCCUUUGAAUCUGCAUUACCACCAUUGUCUACAGCGAGGUCUUUCUUGGACUGUUUGUCUCGAGAAUUUUUAUUCUUUUUCCCUGCUUUCCGAUUUCUAGCGUUCGCCGCACCUUCGUCUCGAGAAGUCACCUCAAUCAUCGACCCACUCUUCGGAUCAAAUAGCAUUCUUGGUGCUGCACUUGCAUUACGAUCACCGCGGUCUCUAUCUUCGUAACUGGCAAGUUGAAUAACUGGUUUCCUGUCGAAUGAUUCAGGGUCAGCAGCAUACGUAGAAAUACCUUGCUGGAGUUGGACUGCAUUUUUCUUAGACGACGUGAUGGAUGACGAAAGAUGUUUUGUAUUUGGUUCGGGGUUCUUCAGAUUUCGAUCCUGUUUCAUUGAUGAUGAGCCAGCAACAAGAGAACUGUAGCUCUUGCUUGGUGUAUUCGGAUCGUAGAGCGCUCUUUGUGUUCUGGCUGGCGUUGUUGACGCAGGUGAGGUCCCACUCUCUUUUUGCUUGAGCUUUUCCAAGACAAUCCUCGAACGGCUUCUACUUUCCAGAUCAUUAUUAACACCGUCAGAUCCCUUUGCGUUUCUUGCUGUCUUCUUUGACGCCAAGUCUUCUUUUUUCUUCAAAGCCAUCUUUGUCUCGAGUUCUCUCAAUCUCUGAGCCGCGCGUUCCUUUUGUUCCAUCAUUCGAUUUUCUUCCUCGUUGCGUUUCUGUUCAGCCCGCUGUCUCGCAAGCUUUGUCAUAAUCGCUGCCUGAUCAUCGGUAGUCUCUUUUCUCUUCGAACUUUCGUUUGAAUCCUUACCACCACCGGUUUGCAUAUCCCGGCCACCAUAUUCGUCCCAGUUUGAAGUGCGGUAUCCUCCUUGAUUACCAUCGACGUUCCUCUGAUCUGCUUCGCUUUUGGGUGKACGCUCUUUUUGUUUCACUUCGAAGGCCGAUUUCUCCUCGAUGCUAUUCUUAUGAACUUGUUCGCGCGUCUUGGUAUCGGGAUUGUUGCGAUUGGUUUCGGUAGAUGCAGCAGUAACCGAAAUUUCUUUUUGCUGAACUUGUUCCUGCUGUUGUUUCUCUGCAACACCCCAUGCGUCUGGUUGCUGGUGGUUUUCUAACCUAGAAGCUCCAACAACCACCCCCAUAAGCGCGUCAUGGGUCGAAGAACUAAACUCUGUGUGAAGACCCAAACUCGGGAUAGGUUUCCCCGAGUUUUGCGCAGAUUUGCUAGAAAGAAUCCCUCCCGAACCAGUCCCUGCAGCGCUAGAGGAUGGUCGCUUCGUCGACAGCAACAAGAAUCCAUUUUUCGACGAAGAAGAGUUUGUCUUAGUGUUUCCUUGUGCGACGGGUGCAACGGGUGGAGCCGUGAGCUUGUUGAGGUUUUUGCCAAACUUUUUCUUCGUGGUGGUAUCGAAGGUCGAUGCGGUUGUCGUCGUAGCUGUAGCUAUCGGUGCUGACGGGACCGACUGAUUCGUUGAAACCCGCGCGGAUGAGCUCAUGAGGGCACCGGCUCUUUCUCACAGUGCACUAUGAGGCGAAUGUUGGUACGGGGUUUGAUAGGUGACAGUGAUUUUUGUGAAACGAAUAGGCUAGUCCAACAAGGAUGAAAAAAAACGUGCGUAGAAAAUGUACCAAAUUGUACGCACGAUCCCCUGUGAGCACCGCCCUCCUUGUCGAACGAACGAAUGGAUUGGCGUUGACCACAGUGGAAGAAGAGUAUCCCGAUACCCAACAACGAAUCAACUCCCCACCUUCGUUCCUGGAUUGCAACUUUUUGUGUUGUUGCAACUUAGUCGGUAGUUAUGAAUACCGGGUUCGCAAUCAUUGCUUUCUCAAAUCACUGUUGCCGGAGCUCCAGUAAUUUUUCAAUUCUUCGAAAAUAAUCACGAUCAUUGCAC